UCCAUCAUCAAGAUCAUUUCAGAUUCCUUAUGCACUACUGUCAAAUUUUCAGGACUAUUCACUGGUGCCUUUGUAGCAUUAUUUAUCGGCUACUGUAUCAUGGCGCACAUAGCUGGGAUGUACACUCAGCAGUCAAACAAGGUCUACAUGUCAACAUCCUACCCUGUCCUUAGCAUGUUCAGCCUCUUCUUCCUGCAUCUCUUCCUCUAUGGAUGCAACAUUUUCAUGUGGAGAAAGACACGCAUAAACUACGCAUUCAUAUUCGAAUUUGCACCUACGAAAGAGCUCAAGUAUCGUGAUGUGUUCUUGAUAUGCACUACCUCUAUGACGAUUGUUGUUGGUGUCAUGUUUGCACACCUGAUACUCAUUGUCAAAGGGUAUUCUUCAAGUACAGUCCAAGCAAUCCCAGGGUGCCUUCUUCUGGUGUUCUUAUUAGUAUUGGUCUGCCCUUUCAAAAUCCUUUACCGAUCAAGUCGUUAUCACUUCCUAAUAGCGAUCAGAAACAUCAUUCUAACCCCCUUUUACAAGGUUGUCAUGGUUGAUUUCUUCAUGGCUGAUCAGCUUUGUAGCCAGGUACCGCUGCUUAGGACCCUGGAAUACCUGGCAUGUUAUUACAUAACCAGCAGCUAUAAGACACAAGACUAUGGAUACUGCACAAGAGUGAAACAUUUUAGAGAUUUGGCUUAUGCAGUAUCCUUCCUGCCCUACUACUGGAGAGCCAUGCAGUGUGCAAGGAGGUGGUUUGACGAAGGGGACAUAAACCACAUUGUCAACCUUGGGAAGUACGUGUCAGCAAUGCUUGCUGCAGGAACAAAAGUGGCAUAUGAGAAUGAUAACAGUGCUGGAUGGCUGUCACUUGUCGUCAUCGUGUCAAGUGUCGCCACUAUCUACCAACUGUACUGGGACUUUGUCAAGGACUGGGGUCUUCUACAGUUUAACUCCAAAAACCCUUGGCUUCGUAACGAUCUGAUACUUAAACAAAAAUACGUUUAUUUCAUAUCCAUGGGUUUGAACCUUCUUUUGAGGCUUGCUUGGCUUCAAACUGUCAUCCACCCUAACAUUGGAAGCCUGGAUUCUAGAGUAACUCUGUUCUUUUUGGCAGCUCUUGAGGUGAUUCGACGGGGCCUUUGGAACUUCUACAGGCUGGAGAACGAACACCUAAACAAUGCAGGGAAGUUCAGAGCUGUGAAGGUUGUUCCACUUCCUUUUCAUGAAGUCGAAGAGGACUAACAGCAUGGGGCGUCAUUGCAGCACGCUCUAGGAUUGCAAAACUCCCAAACAGUUCAGAUGUAACACCAACUAAUGUUAGAAAGCAUGCACUACACUACUAUAAUUCAAUUCAUUUUUUGGUGUGACAAAUAAAGCGCAUUCAAAUGUACCGUUUGGAGAGGAGAAGUGAUAUGCAAAUAAUAACACUAUAUACAUAGAGCACAUAAGUUCCAACUAGUUUUCCAUGUAAGAAUUGGUACUGGUAUAAUGUAAACUGAAGUCAGAUAACUUCAUGAGAUCCAAGUACUCGAAAAAUAGUUGCUCUACA